CUUCAAUGAUCGAAAUGUUUGACAAUUAAAAGUGAUAACAAAAUGUUUGUAGCUUACUGUGUGAUUCUAAUAAAUAAUUUUAAGCUUUAUAAAUUGUGAUGGCUAUAUUCGAGAGAUCCUCGCAAACCAAAGUCCAAAUAGAUGACACCGAAAGGCUUGAAUGUGUUUUAGAAAAUGCGCAAAAUAUUAAUAAUCAUACCGAAUAUAUAUUGCGUGUGCAGCGAGGGCAGAAUAAGGAGAAUAGAUGGACGGUGUCACGUCGUUACAGAGACUUUGCUUCUUUGCAUGUCAGCCUACUGCAGGCUAACGUUGACCUUCCUAUUCCACCUAAAAAAUUUAUUGGAAAUAUGCAACCAUCCUUUGUGGCUGAGCGACAAGUGGCAUUGCAGAAUUAUAUAAAUGAAGUCUUGAAACACCAAGUGCUAUCUUUAUCAUUGCAAGUAAGAAGUUUUUUGGACCCGAACAAUUACCCAUUAUCCAUUAAUGAACAGGCACUGCAGACUAUUUCUAUAGCUUUAAGAGGGGAUGGUCAGUUUGAAUUAAAAUGUCCAUUAACAGAUAUUGGAUGGAGAAUAAGGAAACAUUAUUUUUUAGUCAACGAGUCAGAGAGUCAGUUGAACUGUAUGCUAUCAUGGCAGAAUUAUGGUCCCGACUGUACUUUACAUAGUAAAGACUUACAAUUAGCUUUCAAGAGUUUACAGAAUAUAUCUCAUCCCUACAUAGACAAUGUAUUAGCGAUGCAUACAUUAGAAACGGGUGCCUACGUAGUUAGAAAAAUUCACGAGAAUGGAAGCAUUAGAGAUUUAUUAUAUGGGACUGAGUACAAUAAGAAUUAUUUAGCUAAGUAUGGAAAUCCGAAGGUUAGGAAACCUUUUACGAAUGGACAAAUAUCACAUUAUGGAUAUCAAAUUUUACAAGCAUUGAAGUUUUUACACGACAAAGAAUUAUGUCAUGGAAACGUCCAUCCAGGAAACAUAACAAUAGAAAACCAAACGGCUCUUUUAAUGGAUGUAGAGAACUUCCUGAUGGGCGUGCCGAGUCUCUAUCGACCGUUUCUGCUGGAGCUGAAGCGAACGAGCUCCGCAGAAGCGGUCGAUGUGUAUUGUUUUGGAAGAACAUUGUACGAAAUGGCUUUUGCAGCACCACUCGAAAGCUACUACUGUGAUAUAUAUCCGGAGGGAAUCUCACAUGAUUUGGAGGCGGUGCUGCGGCAGUGCGUGUCGGGCGCGGCGGCGCGGCGCGGGCCGGCGGCGCUGGGCGCGCUGCUGCGACACCCGUUCUUCACGCGCACGCACGUCGACGUCGGCCGCGCGCACCUCAAGUUCCCCCUGCAGCUCAAGGACCAGCUCAGGGCGGCGCGGCACGUCGCGGAGGAGCGGCUUCGGCUCGGACAGAAAUCGGUCCGAAACGCAAAAAGGGAAGUAAGAAUACAGGAAAUCCUAAAUUCUGAGGAGGAAAUGAAAAAGCAAAAAAGAAAAGCGAGGAGGCGUGAGAGCGUGUGGAAGUCGAGCUCGUCGCUGGCGGACGUGAGCACGGCGUCGUCGCCGUCGCCGCCGUCGCCGCCCACGCCGCCCGCGCCCGCGCCGCCCGCCGCGGCUUCAUCGCGCGGGGCUCUCCUGAGCGCCAUCUGCUCCUUCGACAAGUCGCGGCUGUCGCGCGUCGUGUCUCACUGAGCGGUCGCGCCUCGCGGGUCUAUUGCCAAUGAGAUUCCCUGGCGACAAGUAGCUGAACUAACUUUUGUUAAGACAUAUGGUUUAUUUUUCAAGUGAAAUUUGAACAAUUUAUAAAAUAAAUGACAAAAAUUUGAGUAUUGAAAUAUUAAUAAUCGUAAUGGAAAAGAUAUCAAACAAAAAAUACAACUAUGAAUGUCGUUAAUAUAACAAAUGGGUUUAAAUAUUGUCAUAUCUUGGCUAACAAUGAAAACUUAGUUAAGCUUCGAGAAACAGUUUUUAUCCAGAAAUUAUUUUUUCUAUUCUACCCAUUUUGAAUUGGCUUAAAUAUGUUCAGAGAAAAUUACCAUAUUAAUAACACAUAAAAUACAAACAUUUAUAAUCUUUAAAAUUGUAAAAUUCACAAGUAGCCUCAAAAUGAAAUAAUGAAAUUUGACAUUAAGUACAAUUUGAUUUAUCUUAUUUCAGUAUUCACGGUUAAAUAAAAACAUAGAGUAGGUAGCCGAAAAGUGGCCAAGUGGUCCAUUGUAUUUUUUUAUCCACGAGUUGAACAUAACAUACGUUAGAAUUUAAAUACCAUAUAAUGACAUUUAUAGGUGAUUGUUAAAAUAGGAAUGUUGAUGAAGGAUUUCCGAGUCUUUCUACUAGAUAUGAUAAAAAUAAGAUGCAUUUUAUUACAUAUUUCAUAACACAUAAAGUUAUUAUUGUAUCAAGUGCAUUCAAAGGUUUGUUAGAAGUUAAAAUAUUUUACAUAAUCAUAUGUUAUUGAAAUUAAUGUUAACUUGAUACUUUGAUAAAAAAAAAACAUAUUUAAAUAUAGAACCAAUUUAUUAUUACAAAUUCAAACCAACAUAUUUUAAUAUAAAUAAUAUAAUUUUUCCUGUCUUUUUAAAACAAGUUACUUAGUAUUUUCCAUAUUAAUUUUAUAUCCAUUUCUCUAUCUACCAAGAUCAAUAUAUUUUUAAGGUGUUAAUUUGAUCUCUAAAAAUAAUUAUUAUUAA